GGGAGGCGCCCCCAACUUUUGAGAAAUUGGUGUGGGGUUUAUAAGCCCAUCUUAUUCAAGAAUAAUUAUGCACAGACGCCACCAUCUUCUACCAUAGAGGACGCAGAAAUAAGACAAUACAGCAUAUAAGGGAUCCCACCUCUUCUGUACGGAUAUUGCGCAUCGCGCCUAUUCAGCUGGUCGUUGAUUGCAACAACAGGUUUCUGGGCAUGGCUAACCCUCCAUCUUACUCGGAAGAAUAUCUUCGGCAGACGCAACAGCCUGUGAUCUAUGGCAUUUGCUCAGCUCUCAUAGUUACCGAGACCCUUGCAGUGGUACUACGCAUUGUGUCAAAGGUAGUAGGUCGUUUGAGAUGGGGAAUAGAUGAUUUAUUUAUUGCUCUGGGACUUUUGAUCAAUCUAGCCAUUAAUACUUGUGCCAUAGUGGACGCAAAAUAUGGUGGUGUUGGCCUACACGAAGCUCGAGUACUACAAAUUAAUCCCGGCAUGCUUAAUGUUUGGGGGCACAUGAUUAUCAUAAUCCCAAUCCUGUAUCUGGCCGCUGUGGUACCUCCCAAACUAGUUCUGUUACAUCUGUACUUAUCUAUCUUCACUCAGAAAGCCUUUCGCCGAAGUUGUUACGGAGUUGCAGUUGUGGUGCUGACGAAUUGGUUCGCGAAUACCAUUGCCGCUUUUCUUUCAUGCCAACCAUUGAGCUUCUAUUGGACCCAGGAAGGGCACUGCUUUGAUGUUAACCAGUUCUUUCGUUGGGGUUCAUUCGCCAAUAUCGUGACUGAUGUGGUGAUGUUGAUUCUACCAAUGCCGUCAAUUUUGGAGCUCCAGAUAUCAUUACGGUUGAAAUUGGGUAUCCUCGUGACCUUCAUCCUAGGCAGUCUUGGUCUGAUUACUUCAAUUGUUCGCUUCUACGAGUUCUAUGUUACCAACGCAGAGGUCGAUGGGACUUGGUCGGGUGCCACCUUGGAUCUCUGGUCAGCUGUUGAACCUGGCAUCUAUCUCAUCACCGCGUGUAUCCCCAGUUAUCGGCCACUCAUCCGGUUUUUCCAGAAGAGGAACAAAGGAAGCGUGCCGUCAAUGCCUAGCGAUCCUGGGAGUUCCGUUGGAGGAUUACAUAGUCGGUCCAGCCCAGCAUACGAAAUGUCAACGGGGAGACGAUUUAAACGUCUAGGUAGUUACAAAGGCAUGGAAGAGGACGUUGUCGGACUAGUCGACGUGGGUGUGCACCAUUCGAGACCCGAGGCCGGAAAAAUAACGGUUGAUCGCGAGUUUCAUGUCCGUAGAGAUUGACGUGUCUGAGAUAGAUUAUUAUAUGAAUGUCAGUUGUACAGUACGC